AGUUGCUCCUCCAGUCCAGCAGGUGGCAGGGGUGCAAAUACCGGCAACAAACAGUCUGCUGUGUUCAGUUAUCCAACAUGUCUGCGCCCUGAAGGAUGCUGCGAACAGCGUGAAGGUACAGGACGAGUGACAGUGAAUGGAUUCUCAUUUGACUUGGAGGCAGAUUUAAGGCUUUCCAGAAAGACCAGGAUGUCAAAGAUCUCCAAAGCAGCCAAGGCUGUGAAGAAAUUGGAUGCAGGCAGUGUAAUCCGGGCUAUAGUGAGGUCAGGUCAAGCAGCCCCUGGACCCCCACUCGGCCCCAUUCUGGGACAGAGAGGAAUCCCCAUAGGGCAGUUCUGCAAGGACUUCAAUGAGAAAACCAAGGAGCUGAAGGAGGGCAUUCCUCUCCCAAUCAAGAUCAACGUGAAGCCCGACAGAACUUAUGACCUGAAGAUCGGCCAGCCCACAGUGUCUUACUUCCUCAAGCAGGCAGCGGGCAUUGCGAAAGGGGCCGGCAAGACAGGCCACGAGACAGCGGGGAUGGUGUCGUUAAGGGCAGUGUAUGAGAUCGCCCAGGUCAAAGCUGAGGAUGAGUGCUUCAAAAUGAGGAACACCUCCCUCGAAACCAUCGUCAAAAGCAUCAUUGGCUCUGCCCGUUCACUGGGCAUCAAGGUUGUCAACAAUCUCUCAGCUGAUGAGUACAAAGUCUUCUUGGAGCAGAGGGAGGAGAAGUUGAAAGCUGAUGCUGCAGCAGCAGCAGCUGCUGCCGCCGAAGCUUUGACGAGUAAAAAGAAAUGAAGACCCGGUACAUCCAAUACUCACCGCCCCAUUCCUGUGUAUGUUGACUUUACACAUGUAUCUCAUUCAUACAGAAACACUGUUAAUGUUGUGAGUGUCAGAUCUUAAUAAACAGUAAAUUCUUACGUGA